AUGAAACCCUCAACAAAAUCGCGAGCCUCAUGGCAUUGGCUUGCUACACUCGGGACUGUUCUCCCGCUUUGCUUGGCCCAAGCGAACCCCGAAGUCAAUGUAGCAUUGCAGGCCUCUUUUGAUUCCUCGCCUUAUCUUGUUGAAUUGCUUGAGACUGCUGCCGAGGAGAAUAAAACCUCCUACUUUCCCCUACUCGAUCGAAUUGCAGAUGGCGCCUUCGAGGAAGCUGUUUCCGAAAAGGAGUUAUACGAUCGCUUCUUGCAGGUCAUUCAUGAAGAUGGACAUCUCCGGACCCCCGAGAGUCUCUCGUCAUUCAAGCUAUCGAUGGCCAUUCGAUCAUCUGCUCCUCGGAUUCAGGCCCACUACCAAUACUAUAAUACGUCGGUCCAGCAGUCGUUGAUGGUGGCGCAGGAUGCAGCUUGUCCGGUUUGGGUUCAUCUCAAUGGCAAACAAUAUUGCUCGUCUCUGAUGGAGCGCGCGCAGCAAGAUGUUAACGGUGACUCGGACCCGAAGGACCUUCCUUUCGAUCGUGUCUUUGGCGAUGAGUCGCUUCCACCUGCCGUUCUUUACGCGGAUAUUUCCGCACCGACGUUCAAGGAGUUCCAUGAGAAGAUAAGCGAAAUGGCGAGACAGGGUGAUGUUUCGUACCGUGUUCGCUAUCGCCCACCUCAGCACUGGGUCUCACGACCUCUGUUUGUAUCUGGAUAUGGUGUGGAACUUGCUUUGAAACGUACAGACUACAUUGUCAUUGAUGACAGAGACGCGGAGCGACUGAGUGGUUCCAACAGCGAUAAUGCCGAGAAAAGCUCGGGAGAGCUGAAAGAGGAUGCCACAGAUACCCUUCGUCCCCUGUCUGCCUCAGAGCUCUCACGCCUGGGCCUGAACACUGCAAGCUACGUAAUGGAUAGUGAGAAUCCUCUUGAAACACUGCUCAGGUUAUCCCAAGACUUCCCCAAAUAUUCCACAGCAAUCGCAGCGCAUAAUGCCUCGGAAGAAUUGCGUCAAGAAAUCCAUAUCAACCGGGGCCGUAUGAUCCCAGCUGGGUACAAUGUCAUGUGGAUCAAUGGCAUGCAGAUCGAUGAAAGGCAGAUUGACGCCUUCUCUUUGCUUGAGGUUCUCCGUCGUGAGAGAAAAUUGAUUGAAAAAUUCCGCAGUUUGGGACUAUCUGCUCAGGAGACCGUCAAGCUUCUGUCGCACAAAGCUUUGGCAGAGUCACAGGCCGAGGACCAAUCUCCUCGUUAUGACUAUCGAGACACCACAGAAGGUAAAGAUGUCAUUCUAUGGUUGAACGACCUGGAACAUGAUUCGCGUUAUGAGACUUGGUCUAGCGCUCUUGAUGGGUACAUCGCGAAUACCUACCCGGGGCAACUACCUCGAGUCCGCCGUGACCUGCAUAACGUCGUGUUCCCGGUUGACUUGUCCGUUCCGGAAGACGUACUUCUUGUCGUGAACCAAGUUCAGACCUUCAUCAAGCGCCUGAUUCCUAUCCGGUUUGGCCUGGUACCGACCGCCUCAUCUCCAAACGCCGUCUCUCAACUAAAGGUCGCGCACUAUCUUUACGACACUUUUGGAGUGGAAGCAUUCCUUCACUACUUGCAGGAGAUGGCCGCAGCAGGCAAAUCUGGAAAAGCUCUCAAAGGCCCCUUCAACACAGCUACGAAGGAACGGAAGCCAAUCUUAGAGAAGCAGACACUGUCUUUCGACAGAGUUAUGAAGAGUGAAAUCUACGAGUCUGCGACGAAGCGUAGCUCUGACUAUCAGCGGAGGCUGGGACUUGUUGGGUCUAACCCUCCCCUCCUCGUCAAUGGUGUUCCUGUUUCUCGGGAAGGCAAUUGGAUGCAGGAGCUGAGUAUGCUGAUUAGUAGAGAUUUGAAGAUAGUUCAGCAAGGCAUUGCUCAGGGUAUUUUGACUGAUGAUGCUUCACUGCCUGAGUACAUCCUCACUGGCGCUUUCGAGAGGCGGAACACUAUGAUCAUGCCCGAAGAUCCCAAAAGCGUCCGAAUCGUGGACCUUGCAACGAUAUUUGGUACUGAUCCAGCAACAUCGGCAAUAUUCCCCCGGAUUCCAACUGCUGAAGGAAUUCAGGGUGGCGUACAUGUCAUUGUCGUUGGCGAUUUCGAAACAGAGUCCGGGCUGAAGCUUCUUACCGACGCGCUGGCCUUCCGAAAUGAGAAUGAAGAGAUCGAGUUGUUGCUGGUGCACAACUCUGCAAGCCAGAGCGAACAGCUUUCGUCGCCAUUCAACGGACUUCAAGCGUCUCUCUCCAAGGCAAACGACAUCGAUCACUUGCUGGAUCUUCUUGCCUUCACAGAGACUGCACAGUCGCCUGCGGAAGACGUACUAGAAGUCCUUGGAGCUCAUCGACUGCUCGCCAAAGCGCUGGGCUUCGAACCGGGAACCGAAGGACUCAUCGUGAACGGCAGAGCUGUCGGUCCCAUACCAGUGGAUGAUCAGCUCAGCGUCAAAGAGCUCCAUCAACUUGUCAGUUACGAGCGAUCGAAACGCAUCGAACCUGUCAUCGAAGCCUCUCUGUCACUUGGUUUGGAUAAAAAGCUCACCGAGGCAAUCGAUAUCGCCAAGCUGACUUCUAUGGCUGCACUCUCGGCCAUCUCAAACGUACCGGCAGGUAUCUUUGAGAGCGUGCCUGACUUCCGCAUGAAUGUCGCAGACAAGUGGAUGACUGAGCAUUCCAUUAUCACUGUCUCUAAUUCCGAUGACCCGGCGAUCAAUGUGGGUGUAGUUGUUGACCCGGCGUCCGAGACGGCUCAGAAAUGGCUGCCGAUUCUGCGAGUGCUGUCUGAAUUGGCUGGUGUUCAGAUGAAGAUUUUCUUGAACCCCAAAGACGAACUCAAGGAGCUGCCUAUCAAGCGAUUCUACCGCUAUGUCUUGGACUCUGAGCCGUCCUUCACAGGCGAGGGAGCGCUCGUGUGCCCUGGGGCCUCCUUCAAGGGCACACCGGUCGAUGCGCUGUUGACUCUGGGUAUGGAUGUUCCCUCGUCCUGGCUAGUGGCACCUAAGGAGUCUAUAUAUGACCCGGAUAAUAUUAAACUCAGCACCCUGAAGCCUGGAUCCAACGUCGAUGCAAUAUACGCUUUGGAGCACAUUCUGAUUGAAGGUCACUCUCGCGACACGACCACCGAGUCUCCACCCCGAGGAGUACAGCUUGUUCUGGGCACAGAAAACGACCCUCACUUUGCAGACACCAUCAUCAUGGCCAAUCUUGGAUACUUCCAGUUCAAGGCUCAACCGGGUGUGUGGCAGAUCAAUCUCAAGCCUGGUCGUAGUGACAAGAUCUUCAAGAUUGAUAGCGUGGGUGGUCUUGGCCACAGACCCCAACCCGGGGACGAGGUCAACGAGGUGACCCUGCUCUCUUUCCAAGGACUUACUCUGUUCCCGCGUCUUUCUCGAAAGCCCGGCCAUGAGGACGACGACGUGCUUGAAACUGGGCCCCAGCCGGGUUCUACUCGCGACUACCUUUCCAAGGGUCUGAACUUUGCAUCUGGCGUGCUGUCGAGCGUUGGGGUCGGAUCCAAGUCGGAGGAGAAACACGCUGAUAUCAACAUCUUCUCCGUCGCCAGUGGUCAUCUGUAUGAGCGCAUGCUCAAUAUCAUGAUGGUCUCUGUGAUGCGACAUACCAAACACACCGUCAAAUUCUGGUUCAUUGAACAAUUCCUCUCGCCUUCUUUCCGUGCAUUCCUCCCGCAUCUCGCCGAAGAAUACGGCUUCACCUACGAAAUGGUCACCUACAAGUGGCCGCACUGGCUACGUCCGCAAAAGGAAAAACAACGCGAGAUCUGGGGCUACAAGAUGCUCUUCCUCGACGUUCUGUUCCCCUUGUCUCUGGACAAAGUCAUCUUUGUCGACGCCGACCAAAUCGUCCGCACAGACAUGUACGAGCUCGUCACGCACGAUCUCGAAGGCGCACCUUACGGCUUCACCCCCAUGGGCGACUCCCGCACAGAAAUGGAGGGCUUCCGCUUCUGGAAGCAAGGCUACUGGAGCACUUUCCUACGAGGCAAGCCUUACCAUAUCUCCGCUCUGUAUGUAGUCGAUCUCAAUCGAUUCCGGGCUCUCGCUGCCGGUGAUCGUCUCCGCGGACAAUACCAGAUGCUUUCCGCCGAUCCCAACAGCCUGAGUAACCUUGACCAAGACCUUCCCAACCACAUGCAGCAUCAUAUCCCCAUUCACAGCCUGCCGCAGGAGUGGCUGUGGUGUGAAACGUGGUGCUCCGAUGAGGACCUGGCCACUGCUCGGACGAUUGACCUCUGCAACAAUCCCAUGACCAAGGAGCCCAAGUUGGCUCGGGCCAGGAGACAGGUGCCAGAGUGGACUGUGUACGAUGAUGAGAUCGCGGCGUUGGCGAAGCGCGUCGCUACUGAGCAGGUCGGAUUUGUUCAGACGGGGGAAGACGCUGCGCAAAAAGUGGUGAUGGGAGAUCAGGAGGAGCAGAGUGGGGAAAACACCCGCAAAGAUGAACUGUAG